AUGUGGCUUACAUACAACCUAGUCCAAAUUGGUGACAAAUUGCGCUGUUCCACCGUACGAAAAGUUCAAAACGAAUCGGCCACCGGGAGUGUGCAAACCAAACAAGUACGCACGAACCUCACGAUAGAAAUAGAGAAAAUCGACUUUGAUUUGCAGGGAUCUGUGCUACACCUCAAAGGUCGCAACGUCGAGGAGAAUCAGUUUGUUAAAAUGGGUGCCUACCACACGUUAGAUUUGAAAAUCGACCAGAAGUUCACUAUUACCAAAUCCGAGUGGGACAGUGUAGCAGUCAUGCUGGUCGAACAGGCAGCCGAUCCGACGCAACAGGCCGAUUUGGCCGCUGUGAUAAUGCACGAGGGUUUGGCCUAUGUGUGCCUGAUCACCAGCACGACCACAAUUGUGCGAGCCAAGAUUGAAAUGAAUAUCCCGCGAAAACGACCGGGUUUGCCGACCGCACAACACGACAAGGGGAUGACACGAUUUUUUGAGCAAAUUAUGCAAGCAUUGGAGCGUCACAUACGAUUUGACAUUGUAAAAUGUAUCAUUCUGGCCAGUCCGGGAUUCGUUCGUGAACAAUUUCUUGACUAUCUUCUACAAACGGCUGUGAAACAGGAAAAACGGGUAUUUUUGGAUAAUAAGGGGAAAUUUGUACUGGUUCAUUCAUCAUCCGGUCACAAACAUGCCCUCAAAGAAGUUCUAACAGACAGUGGUAUUUUGAACAAGUUAGCCAAUACAAAGGCAGCUGCGGAAGUGAACGCCCUGAACGACUUUUAUCAGAUGUUGAAAGUGGAUCAAUCUCGUGCCUUUUACGGAUAUAAACACGUCAAAGCGGCUGUCGAUGCUAUGGCUGUGGACACGCUGCUUGUUUCCGAUGCUCUGUUCCGGUCACGCAACUUGGACGAGCGAAAGCGUUACGUCAGUCUGGUUGAUGCGGUUCGCGACGACUCCGGAACAGUUCGAAUAUUCUCCAGUUUGCAUGUCUCCGGAGAACAGCUUACGCAACUAUCUGGUGUCGCAGCAAUUCUUCGAUUUCCGAUUCCCGAACCGGAAUCCGAUGACUCGGACAGUUCAUCCGAAGAACCCGCAGGCGAUAACUGA